GUAGGAUGGAAGAGAAAGUCUGAAAAACUGUUCUGUCGUGGACCUGCUGUUGUCUGCUAGAAUGUUCCUGAUGAAUGCUUCUCCUUUGGUAGCUCUUCAGACAAAAUGGGAGUCCUUUGGCCCAGCGAGGAAUUGUAGAUACCCUGUUUGCUACCCUGAACCUGAAGAAGACGUCAGUAGAACCUCUGUAAGUGCAAAAGUUCAGAUGAUCAUAAACAACCUGCAAAGUCAAGAGUCUGCCCUGGGUAUGAACAAUGAGUAUGAUUGUGUUAUGCAGAAGAAACAACAGGGAGAAAAGGGCAGCAGUAACAGAGUCACGUCUAGCCCUGUGUUGCUGCAGAAGCAUCCUCAGUGCACCCAGUGGGGGAGCCCGGCUGACUCUGAUGACACCGAGGAGGAAGACUGUGUGGGGUUUGGAAGACUCCUGCUUGAGUCUGAUAGCGACGACUCAGUGGACCGAGGUAUAGAGGAAGCCAUUCAGGAGUACUUGAAAGCAAAAAGCCAGAGUGACCAGUCCUUGCAGAGGGGUGCAGAGUGUUCUGAAAACAUAAGCAGAGACAAAAGGUUUAAGAGAGAGUUCUCACAGAACAAGGUGGCGAGUAACCUUCUCCCUGUGAAAUUCAAAGCUGAGAUGCUCUCUGAAGAGUACCUGUCUGACCACCUGGGCAUUGGGAAAAGGCUGCAGCCUGCUUCCCCUCAGAGCAUCAGUAGCGACGACUCCUUUGAACAGAGCAUACAAGCUGAAAUAGUGCAGUUCUUGAAUGAGAAGAAGCAGCAAGAAAUAAGUAAAUGUGUACCUGGGGAGGAGAAGAAAGAUUCCCACGUGAGAUCUACCCUAAAAUGCAGCAAAGAAGCGACAAACAAACCGAACUGUGGUGCUAUAAAGCAAGGUUGUAGCGCGCUGCUCUUGAGACACCGUGCCAAGCUGCAGACACCCAGCAUGCAGGCCAAGGGUUUGCAGUCUAAAACCCAACCAGAGCCAAGUGACUUCAGCCAGGUGAACCCAGCCUGUCUGGAAAUGGCCACUGCCAGCCAGCCCUGGGCAGUGGAGCAAGAUGAGAGUGGAGCUAAUUACUGGGACACCAGGGGAGCACUUGUCAGCGAGAGCGUGCACACAUCUGACUCGAGCAGCGAUGAUGGCAUCGAAGAAGCCAUUCAGCUUUAUCAGCUGGAGAAAAUCAGGAGAGAGGCAGGUCACACAACAGACUGUGUCCCUUUGCAGAGGGAGGAACUUCCUACAAAGGGUCUGGCAGACAUCUCUGCAAGCCUAACAAUUAGCUCAACAACAAGUGCCUCACCAGAAAUCCAUAAAAGCCCUAUAAGCAAGAAGAGAAAAGAAACUGAUUCCAAGUCAGCAGAACUCGAAAGCACCAGCAAUGACUUUAACAAGCUGUUUAAACCACUGAAAAAAGCCAGACAUUUUGCACUCCCAGAAAACAAGAUUGCUGCUUGUGAGCUCACGCUGCAGGCCUCUUGCAGAGCAGACACAUCUGCAGAGCUCAUGUGUGCGGAAGCUAUCCUCGAUAUUUCCAAAACAAUCAUGCCAUCCCAAAUGGGAAGUGACAGCAAAUCACUCGCUGCAGACUCCUUCUUCUCUCCCCAGCUCCUCUCAUCCUCGCGCUGUGACAGCGACAGCAGCCUGGUGGACAGUGAUGAUAGCAUCGAGCAAGAGAUCAGGGCUUUUUUGGCUCUGAAAGCACAGUCAGAAAACCUUGGAACGAAGCCUCCCAGCCUGUCACACUCACUCCAGAUGCCUUUGCCUUCGGAUCAGAACAGCCUCGCCAGCACCCUAGAGCCUCCUCUUCCCAAAUCGCUGAAGCUAUCGCUGAAUCGUAAAAAGAGACUCAAAAGGGAAAGCAGAAUAGCAAAACAAGGUGCAUCAAAACCACCUGAGCAGGUGGAGACAGGACUUUUCCAGCCAGGCAACUAUCCAAGACUUGCUGUGCUGCAAGAGGAACGUGCCCCGAGCAGCCCCACAGAGCUCUGUGAUGCUCAAAGGCUUGGCAGCAAAGAGCCGAGGCAGCAGCAGCUGAUGGCUCCCAAACUGUCUGGAUCAGAUGGCAAAUGUGUGGCCUUGGACUCUGUAAACCCUUUUCUGCAGGUUCAGAGCAGCACAAGAAAGCCUGUGAAAAACUCCAUCCAGACUCCCGAGAGGGACGGUUCGGAUGAUGAGAGCAGUUCUCUGGAUAGUGAUGAGGACCUGGACAGUGCCAUCAAGGACCUUCUGCGCUCUAAAAGAAAGUUAAAGAAGAAGUCCAAGGAGCAGAAGUCUCAGUGCAAGAAGAGGGUGAGGUUCAGCGAGACAGAAGCUCAGCUGCUCGAUGGAUUCAGCAGCCUCCAGCAGGGCAGAAAUCCCGUGCUGCUGAAGAGCUGCCUCUCCAAACCCAGGAAAGCCACGAAAGACAACACAGGUGUCAAACCUCCCAGUGAAAAACCAGAGACCGGGAAGAACUCGGACUUUAACCUACAGCUUAGAAAAGGAUCCAAGCCCAGACCAGUCACAAGCCAGAAUAACCUGCAGGCAGCUAAAAAUAGGCAGUGUACUUUCACAGCCCCGUCGGGCGCUGACGACAGCAGUUCAGUGGACAGCGAUGACAGCAUUGAGCAAGAAAUUAGGAAGUUUUUGGCAGAAAAGGCUAAAGACUCUGCAAGCAGCUCGGAGCUCCAGAAGGAUGAUGCAGCUCUGGACCUAUUGAGAGUGACCAAACAAACUGCUCCUAAAGGAAAAGCAAAGCCACAGCUGGUGGAAAGUGAGCUUGACCUUGUGCUGGGUCGGAGUGACAAGCCUGAGGUGUCUCAGCACCCUGAGGAGUUGAAGAACUCUCUUGGGACAGAAGGGAAAGGUGCAAUGUUACAUGGCAGUGGGAAAUGUGCUUCCUCAGCACAGAAUGUUCAUACUACUGGUCAGUCAAAAGCUAAGCAAGGACUGGGGGGGGUUAAAGGUGCUGCUGCUGGUGAGGUAUCUGGAAGCACAGCAGGUAAAAAGGAUGUCCCUAAUCCAGAGCCCGUGCAGAAAACGCUUCCACCUAAAACCAGCAAAAACAGAGGUGGUAAAGUACAAAAAGUAGUUACUGCAAAGCCCAGGUCCAAGAGAAAGAAUACCUUUCACCUCAAAAUCUCAAGUAAAUUUAUUGCAGGGCUAAAGGGUGCUCGGGACAGGAAGAAAUCCAUGCUUCUGAGCAAAAGGCAGAAAGCAGAGAGCUUGCUCGCCCAGAGCAGUGCAUUAGGAACAGAGGCAGCUUCCCAGGAUGCAGAUGUGCUUAACCAGGGAAGAGGAGCCCCCUCGCCCAAAGAUGAGCUUAAUGGGGAGAGUCCAACAGCAAUGAAAGAAUCCAGUUCUCAGAAGCUCGCUGGGGAAGGGUCAAGUCCCCAUGUAGCAGAAACCUGUGGAAGACUGGAGGCAGCUCCUGUGCCUGUCAGGGAGGAAGCAGGGGGCUCGGAGCGGGCUGGUGCUUCAGCAGAGCAGUCAGAUUCACAUUCCAAUCUCCCUUUGCAGGAGCAGAACGUGGCAGCAGUGAAGGUAGAUAAGGGUUGCAGAGGAGCAUCCAAAGCUGGGAGCGCACAGAUGUGGAUCAAGGCAGGAGAUAUGCACAAAGACAGCUGGGCUGAUCCAAAUGUAGAUGCUCCAUGCCCUGAGCACAGCGUGGCAGUGGUACAAGCGGAUAAAGUCAGUAGAGAUGCAUCUCAGCAGGGUAUACAUGUGUGCAGCAAGGGAGGGAACAACCAGCAGGACAAGAGCCCAGCUCCAAGCUUAGGUUGCCCACCACAGGAGCUAAAUGUGACAGUGGUAGCAGUGGAUAAAACCGGUGGAGGAGCAUGUACAAAUAACAGCACACAGAUGUGCAGUGAGAAGGGAAAAGCUGUCUGCCAGGACAGCGACAGGCAGGAAGAAAUGCAGGUAUCCAGCUCCAGUUUGGAAGGAAAAAUACCUGUCCUGGAGAAUAGGGAAACCACUUGUGAAGCAGACCAAGGGCAGGAAGGUGUAGACAAACCCGGUGCAAAAGGUCCUGAGCUCCCUGCAGGGAUCCAGCCCGAUUCCCUCACUAAAGGAAAGGUUUCACAUCUGUAAGUACACUUCUUUUUACAGUAACAGUCUUUCUAGAGAACAGAGGUAAUUACCUUGCUCAAACUUGAGACUUGGCAAACAGUGGGGGAGGCUGGUACCUGUAUAUCACAGACACCUGUAUCACCUGUAUAUCCUACACACACUAAUGUGAAAGUGCUUCUGUUAACAGGGAUCUCAUGGACAGACAUCCAUCGUUUUUGUAGAAUUUUGUAAAUUAUUUAAAGUGCUCUAAGGAAAUAUUUUUUAUAAGGAUUUUUAGGGCUGCCGUUGCUGCAGGAUGCUGUAGUCACUGUAGAUAAGAUAUUGGCUCAUCACGCUUUAAAUGAUGAGGCCUCUAAUCAUAUGUAUAAAUAGGAAACCUGUCUGUGCACGGAUUCCAUUUGGCAAUCUGCUCAGAGGAGGAGGACACAGCAUUUGAUCCUGGUGCUCUGCCUCUGAAGCCCAUUGUCUGACACCAUUCCCGUUUGAGCUGCCUUAGGACACCCCCAUGCCACGGGCCUGUGCCGGGGUCCCGGUUCUCCCCUGCCCCGGGGGCUGUUGGGUGAGUUCCCUCAGCCCAGCUCCAGCAGAGCCAGUGCAGAUGUAGGUGUGGGGCUCCAGCCUUGAAGAUCCAAACGCAGAUUCAGGUAAAUGAUGGGGAUGGGUCUGUCUGCACAUCCUGGGUGAAGGCAGGAACCUUCUGAACCCCCCCAGUCUCCCGUCAGCGGGGGAUGAUUCCAUGCAGCCUGAGGAGCAUGUCUGUGCUGACACCAGGAUCUCAGUGCAUUUCACUACAUUGAUGCCCUGUGGGGCCUGUGAGGCUGAAACAAUUCCUCCUUGUUCUCAAGUCUCACUUUGCUGCCCUGCAGUUACCCAGGGAUGGAUUUUGGUUUCCUGUGUGAACUUCUGGAAUCGAGUGCCCUUACUUGCCUUGUUCAAAGGGGUUUCUGAACUGUUACAUCUCCGUGGACUCUGAUUUUCACUUACAGUUUUUGUGCAAUAGAACAAAGCUGGGUUUGCUCUAGGACAUCCCUGAUGUAAGCGCCAAGGAUAUUUCCAGCACUGUUCCUUCAUACCAGUAGCUCUUUCUCUGCCUCCGUUUCCAGCAGCAGGAAUAAAGCAAUUUUUCACUACUCUCUAUUUGUACUGACUUGAUACGGGACUAAAGUAGCACGUUCACAUCACCAAACAAAAGUGCCCCCACUCUGCCUUCACUGAAAGAUCCCAGAAGUGGGAAUUCGAGCCUUUGGCUGGUUCUUCUCAUUUGCGUGUCAUGGAGUCCUUUGAGUAGUUUGUUCUCACAUCUUGUCCCUGUGAACUGAUCCGAUGCUCUCUUUGUCCGGUGUUCUCUCAGCCAAACGUACUGUCCCUUGCUGUCUGUGUCUUCCUGGAGGCUGGCCUUGGUGUUGGAAAAUGGAGCGAAAGCAGCCGGGAAGGGAUCCAGAGCCACCCAGGAUCCCCCCUGGUGUGGUCACGUUUGCACAACAGUGGCAGACUGCAGCGUAGCGUAGAGUAGAACAAGUAACCGUGGCAUGUGGAGAAGUGAACAGCAGCCUUUGUGUGUUUAUCCUGUUGUGCAGUCGUGUUUUAAACCUGUUUCUAGUGGUCAUUUGACAUUUCCUACUGUCCGGCCACCCUUUUGUAGCCUUUGCCUUGGUGACCCGUUUGUUUAAAGCACCAGGAUCUCAUUUUGGGGUAGGAUACCUUGGAAAAGUGGUUUCUCCCUCGGCUCCUGUGCCUGCAGCCCCUCUGCACAGGCGUGGUUUGGCUGCCUUGGUGCAGUUGCAGGAUUUGGGCCUUUGUUUGCAAUAGGUAAAUAGGUAUUUUAAAAUAGAAGUUUUCAGAGUACCUUGCUUUCAAAGGGUUAAACUGCAUUAACGGGGGGGUGGACACAUUCUGUACUGUUUGUGUGAAUUGAGCUGAAUGCUCCUCCUCAGAGCUGUCAGUAAAUCACUGAGCCUCACAAGGUGGUGUCUGGUGCCCCACUGAUGUGUCUGUGUUCUCGGUACUCCUCACUACCAGAUCCGGGUCAGAAGCAGUUCCCGUGAGCUUGUGCUUUAAAUAAAACCUGAUUUCAAGCAGCACUUUUUUAAAUCGAGAAACUUGAUUUGUAUAUAGGAAAUGGUGUACAUGGAUACGUUUAUAAUGGUGAAUAAAUGGGGUUCUGACCAUGGCCCGAGAAACCAGA